GGUUGAUUGCUCCAAUAUGACCUGGAACUGCCAAUUUGAAUGACAUUGUCCCCCUCCCAGCAUACCACGUGGAUGGUGCUCUUAUUCUCACCCCGAAGAGGUUUAUACAUGUAAAACGGUGUUAAUCACAAUGACUGAUACAUCCCCGGCCUUGUUGCUCAGGGUAGUUAUACCAGACCAGCCACCCCGGAAGCUGAAACUGCAAUCUCGACCUGACUCUGUUGACUCACUAAUCCUGACCCUAAAACGUGAACUGGAACUCGACCUUGAUGUUGACCUUCUUUACGAAGACCCAGAUUUUGAUGGAAAACUGACUGCCCUGACGGAUAUUAAUGAACUGCCACAGAAAUCUGUUGUACACAUCACUUUCUCUGAAGACUCAAGCUCAAUUUCAUCAACAGUGUUGCUGUCUGACGUCUCAUCUCCAGAGCGUCUGAGCAGGUGGCCGCCUUUUCCUAUCCCAACGUUCUCAUUCGAUGUGGAGCUGAUGCUGAGGAACGGAAAUCUAGAAUAUGAGAAGAACAAUACCCACCUCAACAUAACCCGUGACAUGAAGCACAACAUCUUGGACAAUCUGGCUUCCACCAUUUAUGGUUUUAAAGCUUAUCCGAAUGACAUGGAAAUUGCAAUGGCAGCUGAGGCGCUUGUGGCUAAACAUUCAUGUCUGACCGAAGCAGGGUCUGAAACGGGGUGGAAUGGGUGGAAAAACUCAAUUAAGUUUAAAAUGGGAAAUUAUAGAAACAAGAUGAGACGGGCUGGAUGUAGAGAAGUUGCGGUCAAUGCUGGUAAAAGGAGUAAGAGCCACCCUGAGAGAGAAUCUUCCCAUUCCAAUAUAAAACGACCAAAGCGUGCGGAGGUGAAUUUCCUGCCCAACUUCCCUGAAGGAAAGAAUGAGUCACACCUCGAAAAGUUGAGGCAGAUGAUUGUUGAUGAAUGCCAGAAGACUGAAAAGGACCUGUCCUUCAUCCGAAAACUGAUGGAGGCCACAUUCCCUCUACGCAGACAGACUGUUGUUGUCUCCUGCCCUCCAGUCAAUGAGAUAAUGGACCUCUGGCCAGCUCUCAAAAUGGAAUCUGAGAUAUAUGCAGAAUAUCAGAGAAUCACGAACCAGAACCUGCCCAACACCUUCUAUGCAGCGCUGGACCGCCAUCUUCCUCAGAUGAUGACACUAUUUCGACAGAAGGCUGCAAAAACAGGCAAGACUGCAGAUGCUCUGGCCAGCAUUUUAAAGCUUCAUGAUGAGCAGGAAUCCCAUGACGUCCACAGCAGACGCACCACAGCUCUACAAGCCUUGCCUCUAUAUCUGCAUGAUGUGGCAGAAUUAUUCAGGACCUGCACAGAUGAUUCUGAUGAACCCGACCUCGGCGGUGUUAUUCUGGGCCUUCUCACCUUCUCACGCGAGAAUGAUGCAAGCAUCUACAAUGCCCUGAGGGUGUCUGUUGUGAUAGAAGGUGCUAUUGUGAUGAGUGUCCUCACACAUGCUGAUGCAUUUCUUGUCCUUUUUGGGCUCAUGUAUGCAUUGCAUCUUAGCUAUCCAAAGGCCUUAAAGAACACAUUUGAAUUUGUCCAAAAAGUCCUGCUCGGCCUUGAUGGUGGGAAACUCUCUCCAAAAUUGCAGACCAUGAAAAAUGACUUAACUAGGGUGGGGAGUGUAAGGGGAGUGUGGGGGGAGGGUGUGAGUGUGUAAGGGGAAGAAGGCGGCCACAUUAUGUUAAUAUGUGUUAAUUUUGGUUGAUAUUUUUGUUACCUUUAUCUGUUGUGGCCAGUUUCCAUGCUAACAUGGGUGCAGACACAUGCCUACUUUAGAUCAACGUGUUAUAUUGCUUGUCUCUCGACGUUUUCAUUCAUUGAGUGUGGUUCUAAUGCCUUUAGGGGCCUGCUUUGCCCUUGACCGUUUUUGUGGAAGGUUAUCCAUUGCAACCAGACUGGUGCAACUCAAAAAAGUACCUCCAGUCUCUGGCAAAAGCAUUAUGGGCGCGAUCACAUUGAACGCAGAUUUCUGCUUACAAUCUGCUUGUAACUGAUAUUUUGGUAGCGAUCCGACCGAAGGUUUUUAACAAAAUUCGAAUGUCGGUACUCAGUAGUGACUGGAAGUCCGCUGGUGAUGUAAAGCGCAGCCAGUGUGAUCGCAGCCUAACUUUUUUUUCUUUUUUCUUUUUUCAUUUGCAAUCGGGAUAUAAUGUGGGAAGGCCCCCUUAAACAGUUGCUCUGCGUUACAUAACGAUAUUACUAAAUUGUUAUAUCUAUGGAGGAGGGGCCACAAGCAAAAAGGAAGGGUGGGAGGUACUGCUCGAGUUGCUUUUU